GCGCAGACUGGGUACUGUACAUGGCCAUUGAUGCUGCUGGAUAGAUGUAGCCCCUGAUGUAAAUAAGAAUGGCGAGGGCAGCGGGUCUAACAUGCCGCGUUAUCUCUGCUUGACAUCGGAACAUUUUUACGCCACCAUCCAUCGGGAUUUUACAAAACGCGGGGGGGCCUUUUCUCCGUUUUCACGUGAAUCUGCCUUGACAGCUCGCCUGAUGAUUUUCAUUUGACACAAGAGCCAAAAGCAGACGGGCGGCUUCUUCUAAUAAACACUCGGGAAAAACAGGUCAUUAUGACCUUAGUAUCCUCCAGUAAAAGAAAACCAUCGGAUUGCUUUUACGCGGCAGCAUUCUGCUUGCAUUUUUUGCUUUGGAUUUCGUGUGCUGUGUCCGGAGAGGAGGAUCAUCAGUUCAGCGUUGAGGGAUGGCUACAGAGGUAUGGCUACCUUUCCCGCACAGAACCGGGAAUGUCUGUCCUGCGCUCGGCCCAAACGAUGCACUCAGCCAUCGCUGCCAUGCAGCGCGUCUAUGGUCUCAAUGUCACAGGGACACUGGAUGAGAAAACCAAGGAUUGGAUGCAAAAGCCUCGCUGUGGAGUUCCAGACAAAUUUAAAAGUGCUGCGAGGUCACGGAGGCGAAGAUAUGCGCUGACUGGACAGAAGUGGCAGCGUCUACACAUCACUUACAGCAUAAAAAAUGUCACACCAAAGGUGGGCGCCCGGGAGACUCAUGAUGCCAUCCGGCGGGCGUUUGACGUGUGGCAGGGUGUGACUCCAUUACGCUUUGAGGCCGUUCCAUACAGCGCACUGGAGACUGGCAGGCGUGAUGUUGACAUCACCAUCAUCUUCGCUUCUGGUUUUCACGGUGACAGCUCACCCUUCGAUGGGGAAGGGGGAUUCCUCGCCCACGCCUAUUUCCCGGGUCCAGGCAUAGGAGGGGAUACACACUUUGACUCAGAUGAGCCCUGGACCCUGGGGAACCCCAACCAUGAUGGAAACGACCUGUUCUUGGUUGCGGUGCACGAGCUGGGCCACGCCCUUGGUCUGGAGCACUCUAAUGACCCCACGGCUAUCAUGGCUCCUUUCUACCAGUACAUGGACACAGAGAACUUCAAACUACCUCAUGAUGACCUACAGGGCAUCCAGAAAAUCUAUGGUGGGCUUUAUGUCUUUUCAGGUCCACCAGAUAGAGCCCCACAGCCUACCAGGCCCCCACCCACAGCCCCUCCUCCCCGCUUCCACCCUCCCUCAGACCCACGUAAGCAUGACCGCCAUGCCCGGCCCCAUCGCCCUCCGCAGGGGGCCAAGCCCUCCAACCCCAACUCCAAACCCAACAUCUGCGACGGAGGCUUCAACACACUCGCCAUCCUCCGCCAGGAGCUUUUUGUGUUCAAGGACCAGUGGUUUUGGAGGGUAAGGGACAACUCAGUCGUCCCGGGCUACCCCAUGCAGAUCAACUACUUCUGGAAAGGCUUGCCUCCCAAAAUUGAUGCCGUGUAUGAGAAUAGUGAAGGGAAGUUUGUCUUUUUCAAAGGAAACCGUUUCUGGGUCUUCAAGGACACAACUCUCCAGCCUUCGUACCCUCAGGACAUCUCGCUGUUCGGGACCGGCAUGCCCACUCAGAGCAUCGAGACAGCUGUCUGGUGGGAGGAUGUCGCCAAAACCUACUUCUUCAAAGGAGACAGGUACUGGAGGUACAACGAGGAAAUGAGGACCAUGGACCCAGGUUAUCCCAAACCCAUCACCGUCUGGAAGGGCAUCCCUGACUCUCCUCAGGGGGCUUUUGUGGAUAAGGCCAACGGCUUCACCUACUUCUACAAGGGAAAAGAGUACUGGAAGUUCAACAACCAGCUGCUUCGUGUGGAGACUGGCUACCCGAGGUCCAUCCUGAGGGACUUCAUGGGCUGCGACGGUCUACCUGCCGACCCCGACUGGGACUGGCCUCCCCCGGUGGCGGAGGAACGCCACUACGACAAUGGCGACGCGGACGUUGUCAUCAAACUGGACAGCGCGGGGGGCACAGAGAAGGCCGUGGCCAUCGCCAUCCCCUGUGUCCUGGCGCUGUGCAUGAUGGUCCUCCUCUACACUGUUUUCCAGUUCAGGAGGAAGAGCACACAGCGCCACAUACUGUACUGCAAGCGCUCCAUGCAGGAGUGGGUCUGAGGGACUGUUAUCGCACUGUAUAGAGAGGGGUGUGAAGCUCUGAUAGAGGUCUAGUUAUUACUUGAAGCCCUAAGUACAGUAAUUGGAAGCACUGUAAAGGGUACAGUACAUAAGGAUUGCCAUGUUGGCAGAUUUUAAAACUGCUUGAACUAAUAACAAGCUGCAAGGAAGCGAAACGAUCAGCAGAACUCAAGUGAAGACAGUAAGGGAGCCACAUCUCCUGUGUCCAACUAAUAUGUAUGUAUCUGCUUUGACUUUUUUCUGUAUCUUGGAAUGAACUCAAUUAAGUGAGACAGAGUUAAGCUACUGUAAGUGGGACCUUUGUCUAUCCUUGUCUCUGCACGCCGCUUAAAAAGCCCCUAGCACUAACUUCAGUGGACAAAUUAGAUAUAGGCUUCUACUUUACUUUCAUUUCUUAAUUAAAAUCGCUCUGAGCUGUGCUUUUUUUUUUUUUUUCAUUUACGGUCCCUGUAAAAGAUUAUUCAUUGUGUGGAGGACUGAUACACAAACCAAAUAUGACCUUUUCUUCCAAAGAGGAUUACUGCUCGAUGUUGUUUUUGAUGGGAUGUUUUUUUUUUUCUCCAUGGAUCGAACAUUGUGGCAUCAUACUCAGAUUUUCUUUUGCCAUUGCUAUUCACACCCACCCAUCUGCUCUGUAAUCUGUGGGGAUAGGAAGCAGCCGUUAGAAAGAGCUAGGAACUCCAGACUGUUGUGGCAGUGUAUCUCCAAAACGGGGGCCAAAAACCUCUCUGCAAUAUUUAUGAGACUGCCUUAAUCACAAAUUGCUUAAACUCCCUUCUCUUUCUCUCUGUUUCUCUGGUGUGGAUACUAAGUGGCACAGUACGAAUACAAUCGGUGUAUGAAGGCGUUCAUUACUGCCCAUAAUGCAACUUCAAAACCACUAGUUAAGGACAGUUUGAUCCACAGUGGGCUCAUUGCUCUUGAAAAUGUGCUAAGCAGUGCUAAAUACCUGAUGACAAGCAAGCUAUCAGCUUCAUUUACUGCCUCACCAGAGGGGAUGAGAAAGAAUGGGAAGGUUAACUGUGUGUGAGUGUGUGAGAGAGACAGUAAUUACCCACACCUACAGUACAGCUACUGCACUGUACCGCAGUGUCAGUUAUUGAACAGCUAACAUCCUGCUUCCCUUUUUUUUCCUGCCAAGUUUGGACACUAAUACUCCAAACAGUGUCAGUUCAUGCAUUUUAAACGGCUUUACAAAUCCAUGUUUUGUUUUUCAACUUUUUUACAAGGUUUGUAAGUUUACAUAAUAUUUCACAUAGGACACAGAGAGGUGGAGGAGAAAGGAGAUAGGAGGGGGGAGAAAAACCUACAUGUACCCAUUUUUAAAAAGAGACAGUAUUUCUUGUUAAAAAGUCGUCAUCACUGCAUCUCUAGUUACCACAGGCACAUCAGCCUUGUAUCAGUGGCCAGUAGAGCUGGGUAUCUUAAAAAAAACAAAACACCACUACCAUUACCAGUACCCUUAAAGUUUUAUCGCUACAAAUACUUCAUUCGAUACCUUUUUUCUACUUUCUUUGAUACCCAUUGUGUGAAUGAAGACAUUCAGUUGCGUAAAAUGACAAUACCAUCACAUUUCAUUUUUAUAGACACCCCAGUUGUGUAGUUUAGCUGUACUGUGGAACAAUUUGGUGGCAUCUUGGCACAUUGACCUAUCAACUCCUGUCAAAUACGCCACGCUCAACAGAAAUUACAGAUUGUAGUCAACAAGUUCGUAGUUAAACGACCAUAUAGGUAAUUUGCUCCUGCCCUCAAAUAUGUCAUAAAUUAACGCCCCUACUGGAGAUUGGAGAUUCCCACAUCCUCAUAUCAAACAUGUUAAAUUCUGAAACGGAAGCAGUUUUUUUUAGGUUAAGGCAACAAAACUACUUCCUUAAGGUUAUGAUGAAAAAAAUGUGCGUGGUUAAGCUUAGAAAAAGUAAAAUAAAUGUACUUAACUAAUGGAAGUUAUAGUUGCUGUGGUAGUGGGCCAAUCACACGUCACAUGAAAUGAAAGAAUGCUGUAAUUAGCUGCAAGCAAAACCAUGCAAAUAGUCACUUUUCUACAUGUGGGUACAAAAAGAAAUGAAUGCAGGUAUUGUUUGACUGGAGAAGUUUCGAUACUACUUGGUACUGUGUUUUCUUGGUGAAUACCUGAAAGGUAUCGAGUGCUGAUACCCAGCUUUAGUGGCCAGGGAUUUAGCCCAGAUUGCUCCAUCUUCUCACCAAGUUAUUGCAAAUAGUUUUUGAAGGAAAUUCAAAGUGAAACAAUUGUUGUAAAGAAGAAAAAAAAGACACUUAAAAAUAAAACAAAGACACUUCUGAAUACGAUAAUGUCAAGAAGAAGAAAAAAAAACAGUUUAGCCUGUGUGUUCAACCAGGUUGUUUUAUGCAAUGUCAUUUUAAUUAUCCAAUAUUCAAAAACUGUACUUAAAGUAUAUUAUUAUAUUAACAAAUUACUAAUGUUUAUAGAACUACUCUAACAUUGGAAUUAACAGGCAAAACCAAAACUAGCAAAACUAAAGUCUGAUGACAAAUAUUUAAAAUAUAUAUCAUGAUCUAUGAUGUUGCAUAUAUAUAUAUAUGACAUCAUAAUAAUGAGUUUAAUCAGCUGAGAUAACAAAAGGCAAACUCUCUCUGAGGUGAGAUGGAGCUAAACUGAGCUUUUUCUGCCCCCGUGUAUUGUGUUAUGAAUGCGAUAAACUGCCUGGAUCCUAAUGAACUAUAUUGUCUCUCAGUUGCCUGUGGUCGUGUGGUGUGGCGUUUCUCAGAGUUUGCCGGAUGACCUGUCUGUGAGCAUUCAUGAUGUGAUACAGUAUAUUUGUAUAUUUUGUGCUCCUUGAUUUUGUUACUCUUUUACUUGAAAUGGUCAUCAACAUCAACUGUACAGGAUUUCUGACAUAAUCUCCCGUUUGAUAUCAAGGCAAAGCCAUUUUAUGCCAUAUCACGGAAGGAAUUAAGGGAUUUUAAAAAUGUGGAUAAUCUAUGACUUAUCUAAGGAAGGGUAAAAGGCUUGAUUAGAUGUGAUUUUAUCUUGUCGUCAUUCCUGAGGGAUAAAAAACCUGCAUAAGGGCAAUGCAUGCCGUUGUUAAACUAAGAUGUCAUUUUUUCAUGGAUCAUUCAGACACGACUUAGUGUCUCCCAUUACGGUUUUAAAUGAAGUGACUUAUCUGCAGGUUUCUGUUGGAUGCAUUGACAGAUCCAAACUCUGUCAUCUUUUAUAAACAAAUGUGAAAUUACUCGCUUCCAGUCGGUCCUCCCUGCUCCACUCUGGAAGCCACUGUCAAACUGAUGAGAGAAAA